AUGGAGGAGGCUGUACAGGGCAGAGAGUUUCGGCAGUCGAAGGAUGAAGAUGCGCGAAUAUGCAAGUCAGAAAUCAACCCGCCCAAGAUGUGUACAAAUGUGCUGGCUGAAUCAAAUGUCCGCAGUACAGCCUCAUUAGAUGAUGAAGGGCUGCGAGCCAAGCAAGGGAAAGUUGAUUGGAAAGAAUUCGUGAUGUGGUCUCACGGGAAACCGAAGGAGGAUUGUCGUGUAAGGAAGUCUGUUGAAUUGUGCAAAGAAGCCCUCGACCCACCGACCCGCGACCCCGAUGAAAUUGUGCUGGGCUUUCGUCUGUACCGCCGUGACAGACAUCAUCAGAGCAAGAUUGCAUACUUUACGAAAGAGAGCAAAAAUAUACUAAACCAAGCGAAAAGCUGA